UUGUUUGGGGACAGAAGGAAGAUGGCGGCGGCCCCGCUGUACUGUGUCUGCCGGCAACCCUACGAUGUAAGACGGUUUAUGAUCGAGUGUGACAUCUGUAAAGACUGGUUUCACGGCAGCUGUGUGCAGGUCGAAGAGCAUCAUGCUGUGGACAUCGAUGUUUACCACUGUCCCAACUGUGAUGUGGAACACGGACCCUCCCUGAUGAAAACGCGCAACAACUGCCACAGGCACGACUACACGGAGCCAAACGAUGGGCUGAAGCCGGUGCAGGCUGGCACCCCAGUGUUCGUCAAGGAGCUGCAGACCAGGACCUUUGCCAGUGGUGAGGAGAUCAUGAUGCAGAUGAAGGGCGAGCAGGUGACCACCCGCUACCUGGAGAGACACGGCUUCAGCUACCCCAUCAAAGUCACAGAGAUGGAGAGCCUGGGACUCAAACUACCACCCCCUACUUUCUCUGUCAAAGAUGUGGAGCAGUAUGUGGGUAGCAAAAAAAUCAUCGACGUGAUAGAUGUGGCACGACAGGCGGACAGCAAGAUGAAGCUCAGCGAGUUUAUCAAGUAUUACUCCAACCCGUGUCGACCCAAAGUCCUCAACCUCAUCAGCCUGGAGUUCUCUGACACCAAGAUGUCGGAGUUGGUGGAGGUUCCCGACGUGGCUCAGAAGAUGUCCUGGGUGGAGAACUACUGGCCCGACGAUUCCUUCUUCCCCAAGCCCUUUGUCCAGAAGUACUGCCUCAUGGGAGUCAAGGACAGCUACACAGAUUUCCACAUAGACUUUGGAGGCACCUCUGUCUGGUAUCAUGUUCUCUGGGGUGAGAAGAUCUUCUACUUGAUCAAGCCCACCCUCGCCAACCUUGCACUAUACGAGGCAUGGAGCUCCUCGCCCAAUCAGAGCGAAGUGUUCUUUGGGGACAAAGUGGACAAGUGUUACAAGUGUGUCGUGUCCCAAGGAACCACCCUGCUCAUCCCUACAGGCUGGAUCCAUGCUGUGCUCACCUCUCAGGAUUGCAUGGCGUUCGGAGGGAACUUCCUUCACAACCUCAAUAUUGGCAUGCAGCUCAGGUGUUAUGAAAUGGAGCGUCGCCUGAAAACCCCAGACCUCUUUAAGUUUCCGUACUUCGAGGCCAUCUGUUGGUAUGUGGCCAAGAACCUCUUGGAAAUGCUGAAAGAGCUACGAGAGGACAACUGUCCACCCCCAACCUACCUGGUGGAGGGAGUGAAGGCUUUAAUCAGCGCACUGAGGACGUGGUUGAAGAGAGAGGUGACUGAGCCUUCCAGUGAGGUACCAGACAAUAUCAGGCCCAACCAUCUCAUUAAAGAGCUGACCAAGGAAAUCCGCUACCUGGAGGAGGAACCAGUCAGCGGUAGCAAGCCAGUGAAACCUCAGGGAAGUGUGUGUGGAGUAGCAUCUGGAUCAAACGGCUGCCCGGCCACUCGCGCCCCACUGGAGAGGCUGGACCACGCCCGGCGGGCGAGGAGGGCGGCCCGGAGGCUGAGGGAGCAGCAGCGGCACGCCCCCAAGGUGCCCUCCAACCUGGACAUCUUAGAGCGGCACACCAAGGAGGUGCUGAGGAGGCUGGAAGUGGGACCGCUGGAGGAGACUGUUCCAAGACAGAGGAGCUGCGCAUCUGUGACGGGGUUCAAAUUGGAUGUGGCGUUCUGUGCCAAGGUUCGUGGGAAGCUGAAUAAAGUAUCGACGGCAUCAGCCGCUGCUGCUGCCGAGUCUCUAGAGGACAACCACCACCUACGGCUGAUGCUCGUCAACGGAAGAAUCAUCAGAGACUUGAGGCAGCCAGCCAGCAACCCAGUGAGGACGGAGGCCGAGUGCUCAUCGGGCAGCCCACCAAAGAGUUGUACGGACGUGAAGUCUGAAAGGACAGAGGACAGCGGAGAGCAGCCCAGCACAGUCGGGAAACCCACGUUCCUCAGUGGUCUGGAGAGGAUGAAGACUGAACUCAGGGAAGAAGUGUCAGGACACUCCAGUGUGUCAGACGCAGAUUCAGACAGUGACUCUCCCACAGAGCAUAAAGCAUCGUCGUCUUCGUCAUCCUCCUCUUCUGAUGAGGAUUCAGGGAGUUCCCAGGAGGAAGAGGAGGGUGAGAGGGGCUCAGGGCACACCAUAGAGCUGGACCAGUCUGGCCACAAACUCAGGCACAAACACAAACCACUCAAACGAGAACGUCCUACCUCACCCAGCACAGAAGAGGCCAUUCAGGGGAUGCUGUCUAUGGCCGGGCUGCUGUGCUCCUCCGAGCCAGAGAAGGUGGCCUCCUCCCAGGAGUCCUGGUGGUCCGGCUCCAGCCAGGGCUCGCCUCUGGAGCGGAGGGAGGAGGCGCAGCACCGCCUGCAGGGAGACCAGAGCCCCAUGGACAGCCAGGGCAACAGCAGUGAAGCCUGGGACAAUCAGGGGCUCCCCAGCCCACUCAGCAGGGGCCACAGCGGCAGCCCAGAGACAGAAUACCAGUACUGUGACCCCUCCAUGUCCCCACCACUGCACCCCUCCAAGAGGCACGCACCCAACCCCCCACCCAUCAGCAAUCAGGCCACGAAAGGCAAAAGGCCCAAAAAAGGAAUGGCCACAGCCAAGCAGAGACUGGGGAAGAUUCUGAAACUCAACCAACACAAUCGUGUGUUUGUGUAACAGUCCAAAUCUCCAAACGCAAAGAGAUGCGUGGGGAUGUGUUCUUUGGUGUAUUUGUUACCAGACACUCUUGUGCUUCAGAAAAGGAGGAAAAAAACCAUACACACUGCCCCUUUUGACCCGUAGAACACGCUCACUGUGCAUGCUAAGGAGACAGGGUAUUGGAUUUGAAAAAAGCAAGUGCACGACUUCACCACAAGCACACUAAAAACAAAACAGAAAGGAGCUACGGGAAGCGGAGAGGGACAAGCAUGUUGCGAGAUGUUCUGCUGCAGGGAAAGGUGGACCGAGGCUCCUGUGGGCAUUCAAAUGGACCGGAGAGGUGUCGGAGGUCUACCUAUCAAAAACGCUUGCUUUGCCAGGGAGCAGCUUCUGAUGCAUCAUCUGGAUCAUAUUUUAGUAUUUCUCUCUGCUGACCAUCCCCCAAGCCCCCCCCCUCCUCCGCACAACCUUCACUUGCUUCAUGGCUUUCUGUGAAAGGAGCAGAUGAAACCGAGCUGCAUUUUUCGAGCAGGGUCUUUUUUUCUGAGGUGCUAAGGAGGAUGUGGUGAACAGAAAUUUCAAAAUGGUGCUUCUUGUUUGUACUUUUCUCAACUCAUGCUUGUCUCUUCCGGCCUACACCUCCCUCCCCCCUUCCCCCCCUUUAUCUCAAUCACACCAGCAAUAAUGACUUUGAGGAGAGAGUGAGAGGCAGCACUUUGGAGCAUCCUUCUAUUUGGUGCAAACUGUACUCUCAAAUGUGCACUAUGUUUGAUAUUUAAAGAGUCCGUUUCUAAGCAAUGGUGGCUUAAGGCAAGAUGCCUCUCUGAAUUUGUUUUAAAAAUAGGAAUUACGAGUAUUUCGCUCGGUCUAAAAAACCGAGGACUCGUAUGAUAUCCUGCUUAAUUUAUUUCUUGUUUUAUCUAUGUUGAUUUUUUAUGUGUUAUCGAUUCUGAAUGAUGUAUUUAUUAAUUGAAAGAGAUAAUGAUUUUAUUAUAUUUCAACCCUAAAGCCUCAGUAAUUCUGAGGGUUUUUCUUCUUUAUAGGGUAUUUUUUUUUGUCUUUAACAAACUUUCUGUAAAUGUGGAUGUUUUAGACUUCAUGUGAUCAUCAUCUGUUGAGUAGCAAUUGACCUACUAAAUCUUUGAAUAGCUUCUAUUCUUUACCCCCGUCCCUCCAGUUGAAUAGAUGUGUUCUUGUCUGUCUGCUUUCUCCCUGUAGCCAGAGGUGUUGGGCUAUGUGCAAACAGAAACCACGUUAGGUCGAAAAAUGUCAACUUUCAUUAUAAUUACAUCUGAGCUUUUUCAACUAGUGCCGGUUAUCUUUUUAGCAAAAAAACAAAACAAGUAUUCUGAGCCACUGUGGUCGAUGCAUUAAGAAGGGAACUUCUAUGGGAUGAGUGAAUUUUUUUUUUUUUAAAUACCAGUGCUGAUGUUCGAUGUGUGUUUUGCUCGGGGUGCGCAGUUCUUCACUCUCAGGGAAUGAUGCCAUGGACAUAACCUUCGAUUAACCAGUAGCCUCGUCGUGGACGCAGACAGGAUGUUCUCAGCACUCACUCAAGACUUUAAAGGUUCACCUCCUGCUUCAGAGCUGCUGAGGUUUGUUUUUUCAUUGCGCAACAAAUCAUUUCAUGGUUUUCAUGUUGUAAAGAUAAGCCGUCAGUCAUUGUACUUUUUUUAAGCAAGCUUUUACAACUUAUGUUAACAUAAUUUUGGUAUUGUCCUUCACUGCUUCCUUACACACUUUCAGCUCAGUGUUAUUGGGUUGACUCUAAAACAUCCAUGCUAACUGGCAGUCUCCCAGAGACUUUGAAAGCUUUGCUUGUAGUACACAUGACCUGUGAGGGACUGUGAUCAAUCUACCUGCCCCGACGAGGUGUUUCACAAUGAACCAACCUAAAAGAAUGAGUGUUCAUCACAUUGCCAGACUGAUCUCCUCCUUUUUCUUACACUACACUUUAAUAUUUGAACUCUUUGCAUGUCAAGUCAUUGAAAACAAGAGCUGGCCCGCAGGCAGGGCUUGUAAUAAGCUGUAGUAUUCAUACAGAGUCUUUGUUUCGUAUGCAGCUCUCGGCAUUUGUGAAAUGUGCGUUGGUUUUUGCAAAAAAAAUUAAAGUUUUAAACUUCUUAUGAUUUAAAAUAUACAAACACUGGCUAACUGACACUGUUAAUGCAUUGCAUUUUGUUUCUGCAUUUCAAAAAAUUGCGUGUAAAUAAAACUAAUGAAAUAA